GUCAACCUGUUCGGCGGCAAAUUCAAGCAAUGCUUGGAUGCUAAUAAAGUAAGAGUGAAUGUAACAGAUGCCGCAAAUAAAACUGACUGUGAAGCAAAGUUUCAUUUGAAUUAUACUUGGUACAAUCCCAAAAUCAACUUCGAUAAUGUUCUGGCUGGAUAUCUGGCUCUAUUUCAAGUGGCUACUUUCAAAGGUUGGGUUGAUAUUAUGGACAACGCUAUAAACAGCAAACCAGAGGAAGAUCAGCAACCGGAACAUGAAGUACGAUCAGGAAUGUACAUGUACUUUGUCUUCUUCAUAGUUUUUGGUGCUUUUUUCACUUUAAACUUGUUCAUUGGUGUCAUUAUAGAAAAUUUCAACAUGCAGAAGAAAAAGGCUGGUGGCUCACUGGAAAUGCUGAUGACUGAAGACCAAAAAAAAUAUUACAACGCGAUGAAGAAAUUAGGCUCCAAACAACCACAAAAACCAAUUCCAAAACCAAAGAUAAAAAUUCAGCUGCUAUUCUUCCAAUUGACGACCAGUCAAAAAUUUGAUAUUUUCAUUAUGAUAAUCAUUCUCUUGAACAUGAUGACAAUGGCCAUAGAACAUUACGAUCAAUCCAAAACUUUGGAGAUAACCUUAUUCUAUGUCAAUAUUGUCUUCGUCGUUAUAUUCUCCUGUGAAUGUGUCAUGAAACUAGUGGGCUUGAGGCAUUACUAUUUUAAACAACCCUGGAACGUGUUUGAUUUUGUUGUUGUCAUAUCAUCUGUGCUUGCUACUGCUUUUCUUGAUCAAACUGAACAUAUGAAAGACCUUCCAAUAUCACCGACUCUUUUGAGGGUUGUUAGAGUUUUUAGAGUUGGACGUAUAUUGAGACUGGUUAAAUCUGCCAAGGGGAUUCGUACUCUACUUUUUUCCUUGGCCGUG